AUUGGAAAGGGUUUCCAGAAGGUGGAAAAUGUCACCUGAUUCACAGUGAACUUUUUAAAUCUCCCCACCCCCGAACACACACACACAUUAGGAGACCGCCCACCGCAGACAGCUAAGACCCCCUUAUAGAUUUAAAGAGAGACUGCAUUGAGAGGCUGACGUUCAUUCAAUAGAGCGAUCAUAAGCAGACUGACUAGUGCUUUCUGUCUCUCUUUCUCUCUGCUCCACUAGAUAUUGUUUCUGUCUCUUUCACUCACUGCCAUACUGAGGAUGUUAACUCAGAGAAUCCACCCGGGCAUGCUUUUAUUCCUGAUGUUUCUGUGCCACUUCAUGGAAGAUCACACAGGACAGGCUGGGAAUUGUUGGCUCCGGCAGGCAAAGAACGGCCGCUGCCAGGUCCUAUAUAAGACAGAUCUGAGCAAGGAGGAGUGCUGCAAAACGGGCCGGCUAACCACUUCAUGGACUGAAGAAGACGUCAACGACAACACGCUUUUUAAGUGGAUGAUUUUUAACGGUGGUGCCCCAAACUGUAUCCCAUGCAAAGAAACGUGUGAGAACGUGGACUGUGGACCUGGGAAGAAAUGUAAAAUGAACAAGAAGAACAAACCUCGGUGUGUUUGUGCUCCGGAUUGCUCUAAUGUCACUUGGAAGGGUCCUGUGUGUGGCUUAGAUGGGAAAACCUACAGGAACGAGUGUGCUCUCCUCAAAGCCAGAUGUAAAGAGCAACCCGAACUUGAAGUCCAAUAUCAGGGCAAAUGCAAAAAGACCUGCAGGGAUGUUUUAUGUCCAGGUAGUUCCACGUGUGUGGUUGAUCAAACUAAUAAUGCCUACUGUGUGACGUGUAAUCGGAUUUGCCCGGAGCCUACUUCCCCUGAACAGUAUCUCUGUGGGAAUGAUGGAAUAACGUAUGCUAGUGCUUGCCACCUGAGAAAGGCUACCUGCCUACUAGGCAGAUCCAUUGGAUUAGCCUACGAGGGAAAAUGUAUCAAAGCCAAAUCCUGUGAAGAUAUCCAGUGCAGUGCUGGGAAGAAAUGUUUGUGGGAUUUCAAGGUUGGCAGAGGUCGGUGUGCCCUCUGUGAUGAGCUGUGCCCUGAAAGCAAGUCAGAUGAAGCAGUCUGUGCCAGCGAUAACACUACUUACCCAAGCGAGUGUGCCAUGAAAGAAGCAGCCUGCUCCAUGGGUGUGCUUUUAGAAGUAAAGCAUGCUGGAUCUUGCAACUGAAUCUGCCAAUAAAACCUGAGCCAUUGAUUCUUCAGAACUUUCUGCAGUUAUGACUUCAUAGCUUAUGUAUAAAAAACCAUAUUACAUAACAGCAGAUGCCAAAGAGCAUCUCACUACAAGUCACGUAAAAUGCAACGCUGUAUUAUGGCUGUUCAGAGGGCUUUGAAAACAUGCACUGAGCUGCUUCUGCGCUGUUGUUGUCCUUAUUUAAACAACAGCUCCCCUGUAUUCCCCCAUCUAGCCAUUAAUGAAGACCCCGAGGAAGAAGAGGAAGAUGAAGACCCGGACUACAACUUUCCUAUAUCUUCCAUUCUAGAGUGGUAAAACCUCCAUCACUAUUGGAACAGCCAUUGGGCAAGAAAUCAAUGUCCAUACUGUAAAUAAGUGUAUGCUUAUUUAUUUUGGGGAGAAAGAAAAGUAUACAUAUAGUUGAGUCUUGUAGACAUUUAUUUAUACUGUGUCAUGUUUUAUAAUUUAUACAUAAAAUGUCUGGUUGACUGUACACCUUUUUUGAAGAAAUUUAUUCGUUACGGGAAGAGCAGUGUUAUUUAUUGUGAGGUCUCUUGCUUGUAAAGUAAAGCUUUUUUUUUUUUUGUAAACUAUAAAAGUCCAUUCCUUAGAGCUUACCCAUAUGACUCUCAUCUCUUCUUUUCACUGAUGUUAACUCCUCUCCACUUUCACAAACUUGCAUGUCAGUUUCUGUUAUGUUUAUUUAUUGGAUUUUCUUCUUACCCGUUCUGUACAUAAAUGAUCCCUCGGGUUUUUGUUUACAAGGAAUCUUGACUGACCAAAAGGCGCUGUAACUGAUUUAAAUGUACUUUCUGGGUGCAGUGAGACAAUCUUUAAGGACACCUCUUCCACUUCACUUUUCUCUGCUUCUAAUCACUUCAUGUACUGACAUGCUGUCAAUGUGCUGAGCAUUUAUACUGUACUAUAAGAAUUCUGGACCCAAAGAAAUCGAAUUAUGAAGGUUGUUAAUAACUACAUGGCUAACAAUAAUGAGAACAAAGUUCUUAUUCUUUUUUAUUUUUUGUAACAUACAUAAAUGCUUUAUCAGGUGGUUCCUUUAAGAUGGUCCUGCAAUACCACUUUUUAAAGUUCUUUUAAACUGUCACUAAAAGGUAUAUCAAAGCUUUAUCAGUUCAAGUUUCUUGCUUUUCAUAAUACUUUUUUUCUGAUGCAAUUUUAUAUUUUCAAACAUGGUGAGUUAAAUAUAAAUUCAUUUAAAUAUAUAGUUUUGUACUUUUCUACCAUGUAAAUGUGCAAUGUAUAUAAAAGUUAUAAUGUGUAUUUGUAAAUAAAUGAUGA